AUGGUCUUCGAAAACUUCAGGAAAGAAUUCGCUAAAUACAAACUUAUAAAAAGCGUCGUUUUGACAUAUCCAGGCACAAAUCCAGACGAGGAAAGACUUAUGAGGAACCUUAAAGAACAGUUUGAAGAUCACUCCCAAAGUGUUGCAUCGUCAAUAAGAAUCUGCUUUGGGCUUCUUAUCCUUGUAGGGGUAAUACCUUACAUGCGAAAAAAUAGGAAUUCUCUUGGAAUGAAAAAACUCUUUGGGAUGAGCUUUAUUCUCCUUACAAUCCCUGGUAUAGCUGGCAAACUUGUUGAGAGAGUCGCAGGUUUUACAAAAACAGAUUAUUUUUAUGAAGAAUUGAUGAAAUCUUCGCAGCCGAUUUCAGAAUUCAUUAAAGAUAAGCAUAGCGCAGAAUUGAGCACAAAGGCUAAUUAA